AUAAAAUAAUUCAAAACGAAAGCACUAGUCAAGUUGACAGACGAAGGUCUGAUGUGCAAACUAAUCAGGAGUCAAAUCAAACUACUCAAACAAUUCAACCGAAAGACAGGUUGGGAAAUAAGUUAAGAUUGGAAACUUCAAAAACCGAGGAAUUAGUUCAGGAAAUCAAUAGACGAAUUCAAAAGAGCCAUAUUCGCUUAAUGUAUGGCACUGACGCCAAUGACAGAGAAAUAGUUGUUUAUCAAGUUCAUGUUGAAGACCUUAGAUUAUUUAAGCACAUUUUUGAUGAACGAGAG